AUGGUGAAGGGGAAUCCUAAUGAGCCCGUCGAAAGCUGGCUUUCCGCCCCGGGGGAAGCUGCGGAGGACGGCGACAGCGGCAACGAGAGCAGGAGCGGGAGCGAGGGGACCAGCGUGUGUGAGAAGUGCUGUGCCGAGUUCUUCAAGUGGACGGACUUCCUGGCGCACAAGAAGAGCUGCACCAAAAACCCUCUGGUGCUGAUCGUGCCCGAAGAUGAGCCGGCGCCGCCCGCAGAAGACUUUCCGGAACCUUCUCCCGCGAGCUCUCCCAGCGAGCGGACCGAGAGCGAGGCCACCGAGGAGGCCGCCCCCGUGGACGGCGGCGAGGGCAGCGAGGUGAAGGCCCCGGAGAGGGGGGACGAGCCCAUGGACGUGGAGCCCGCCGGGGACAAGGGCUUCCAGGGGCCGGGCACCGCAGGCGCGGCCAAGCCCACCCCCGCUCCGGCGCCAGAGCCAUCCCCCGUGGCCGCCUAUGGCAUGCCGAGCACCAACGUGACUCUGGAGGCGCUGCUGAGCACCAAGGUGGCCGUGGCGCAGUUCUCGCAGGGCGCACGCGCGGCAGGGGGCGCGGGAUCGGGCAGCGGGGUGGCCGCAGUGGCCAUCCCCAUGAUCCUGGAGCAGCUCGUGGCGCUGCAGCAGCAGCAGAUCCACCAGCUGCAGCUCAUCGAGCAGAUCCGCAGCCAGGUGGCCGUGAUGAGCCGCCAGCCCCUGCGCCCGCUGCUCAAUCCCGCAGCGGCUCAGGGUGUGCCAGCGCCGGCCCCCGGCCCGCUGCAGGGGCUGGCCUCGCCCUCGGCCCUGCCGCUUUCGGCCGGGGCCGCCUCGCAGCCGCAGAGCGCCUCCACGCCCCCCGCGCUGGGGCCGGGGCCCCUGCUCGGCUCGGCCUCCAGCCUGCCAAACCCUCUUCUACCUCAGACCUCCGCAAGCAGCGUCAUCUUCCCCAACCCGCUGGCCAGCAUCGCGGCCACGGCCAAUGCCCUGGACCCCCUAUCGGCCCUCAUGAAGCACCGCAAAGGCAAGCCCCCCAACGUAUCGGUGUUCGAGCCCAAGGCCAGUGCCGAGGACCCCUUCUUCAAGCACAAGUGCAGGUUCUGUGCCAAGGUCUUCGGCAGUGACAGCGCGCUACAGAUCCACCUACGCUCGCACACGGGCGAGCGGCCCUUCAAGUGCAACAUCUGCGGGAACCGCUUCUCAACCAAAGGCAACCUGAAGGUGCACUUCCAGAGGCACAAGGAGAAGUACCCCCACAUCCAGAUGAACCCCUACCCCGUCCCGGAGUACCUCGACAAUGUACCCACCUGCUCGGGAAUCCCCUACGGCAUGUCGCUGCCUCCGGAAAAGCCCGUGACCACCUGGCUGGACAGCAAACCUGUGCUGCCCACAGUUCCCACAUCUGUGGGGCUGCAGCUGCCUCCCACCAUCCCUGGCACGCACGGCUACACCGACUCCCCCAGCGUCACCCCCGUCAGCCGCUCCCCGCAGAGGCCCUCUCCCGCGUCCAGCGAAUGCCCCUCCUUGUCCCCAGGCCUCAACAACACCGAGUCCAGCAUCCCCGUGACCGCCGAGUCCCCACAGCCACUCCUCGGCGGGUCUUCUCUGACUAAAACCGAGCCCGUCGUCCUGCCCUGCACAAACGCAAGGGUAGGGGACGUCCCCGUGGGUGGGCAGGUCAGCUCAACGCCCACCUCGGCGGCCGCCGCGGUCUCAGACAGCGUGUCCACGAGCCUCAGCAGCCCCGGGCUUCCAGCAGUCUCCGACCAGUUCAAGGCACAGUUUCCCUUCGGAGGGCUGCUCGACUCUAUGCAAACCUCGGAAACCUCGAAGCUGCAGCAGUUGGUGGAGAACAUCGACAAGAAGAUGACGGACCCCAAUCAGUGCGUCAUCUGCCACCGCGUGCUGAGCUGCCAGAGUGCCCUGAAGAUGCACUACAGGACGCACACGGGCGAGCGGCCCUUCAAGUGCAAGAUCUGCGGCCGCGCCUUCACCACCAAGGGGAACCUGAAGACGCACUUCGGUGUCCACCGUGCCAAGCCGCCCCUGCGCGUGCAGCACUCCUGCCCCAUCUGCCAGAAGAAGUUCACCAACGCCGUGGUCCUGCAGCAGCACAUCCGCAUGCACAUGGGGGGACAGAUCCCCAAUACCCCGCUGCCAGAAGGCUUCCAGGACGCCAUGGAUGCAGAGCUGCCCUACGACGAGAAGAACGCAGAGACCCUGAGCAGCUACGGUGACGACGGCGAUGAGAAUUCCAUGGAGGAGGACACGGAGCUGAAGGACAUGGCCAGCGAUGUGGCCAAGCCACUCCUCUCCUACCCGGGGUCCUGCCCACCCUCGCCCCCCUCCGUCAUCUCGAGCAUCGCAGCACUGGAGAACCAGAUGAAAAUGAUCGACUCAGUCAUGAGCUGUCAGCAGCUGACCAGCUUGAAGGCCGUGGAAAACGGGUCCGGGGAGAGCGACCACCUGAGCAAUGACUCCUCGUCGGCUGCAGGCGACCUGGAGAGCCGCAGCGCGGGCAGCCCAGCACUGUCCGAGUCUUCUUCCUCACAGGCGCUGUCGCCAGCCAAUAGCAACGGCGAGAGCUUCCGCUCCAAGUCCCCGGGCCUGGGCAGCCAGGAGGAGCCGCAGGAAAUGCCCCUGAAGACAGAAAGGCCUGACAGCCCGCCACCCGCCCCUGGAAACGGGGGCGCCCUGGACCUGACCGCCGGCCCCCCCGGCCGGCCGGCCAUCAAGGAUGAGGCCCCCUUCAGCCUGCUGUUCCUGAACAGAGAGCGUGGUCCCAGCCAAAGUACUGCUACCCUGGUCACCAGCACUGCGCCCACCAUGAUCAAAAUGGAGGUGAACGGUCACAGCAAGGCCCUCGCUCUGGGUGAGGGUCCGUCACUGCCGGCCACAGUCCAGGUCCCUGCCGGGCCUCAGACAUUGAUGAGCCCGGGCCUCGCGCCCAUGCUGGCCCCACCGCCACGCCGGACACCCAAGCAGCACAACUGCCAGUCGUGCGGGAAGACCUUCUCAUCAGCCAGCGCCCUGCAGAUCCACGAGCGCACCCACACUGGGGAGAAGCCAUUUGGCUGUACCAUCUGUGGCAGGGCCUUCACCACCAAGGGGAACCUCAAGGUGCACAUGGGCACGCACAUGUGGAACAAUGCCCCCGCGAGGCGUGGCCGCCGCCUGUCCGUGGAAAACCCCAUGGCUCUCCUCGGCGGUGACGCCCUCAAGUUCUCUGAAAUGUUCCAGAAGGAUCUAGCGGCUCGCGCCAUGAACGUCGACCCCAAUUUUUGGAACCAGUAUGCCGCAGCAAUCACAAACGGGCUGGCCAUGAAGAACAACGAGAUUUCUGUCAUCCAGAACGGAGGCAUCCCCCAGCUCCCUGUAAGUCUCGGCGGAAGCGCCAUCCCCCCCUUGGGUGCCGUGGCCGGUGGGACCGACAAGGCUCGCACCGGCGGCAGCCCGCCCACUGUCAGCCUGGACAGGGCAGGUGCAGAGGCCAGCCGCCCAUUCACGAGGUUUAUCGAGGACAACAAGGAGAUCGGUAUAAACUAGCAGAACACACUGUGACACCACCCUCUGUUCUGUCCCGCGUCCGCGUUUUGAAGUUUGCGCAUCAGGCUUCAGACCCGCCAUGCCUAGGUUCUCAUGAAAAUUUUAUCCACAACAGAAAAUCUUUCACCGUGAGGCUGCGAAAGGUCGUCUCCUAAGCGCUCCAUGGUACUCCCUCAGCAGUGAGUUUGACUGUUCUUGGGAACUCUGCAACCUUUCCAAUACAUUUCGGUUAAAAAAAAAAAAAGUGCUUGGAAAACCGCCUUCGGAGCCGGAAGAGCUCAGACCAUAUCCAGUUCUUUUCUCCCAAAACCUAAUCCUCUCUGCAAGGGAGAAAGGGGGUCCCCUGCGGUAUUCCAGUGAAACUCAUUCGAUGGUUUUGUUCAAAUUAGUUAGAAACUUGAACUGUUUUUAGAACUCUUCAUCUUAAAGAAGUGGUUUAGUACUCCCAAUGCUGUAUAUCAUGACAGUAUCUUCGUCUGUAGUAUUUAUAAUGUUAAGAUUAUGCGGGUAACAGACGCUAUAAUAGCCCCAACCUUAAAUGAAGCUUUUGUACUGCAGAAUACAUCUGGCUGUGUGAUUUUUUUUUUUUUUCGAAGCAAGAUUUGUUUUACUAUAAAUAAGUGGAUUAUCUCAAUGCAGGCAAAAUUGUGAAGUUCUAUUGGGAAAGAUAGCAUGCCUUUUUUGUGUGCAAGUACCUGUCAGUAACAAGCCUUUUUGUUUUUUUCUUUCUUUUUUUUUUAAUUUAAAUAUUUGUAGCUGCUAUGUGGACAGUUGUUCUCUAGUGUGGUCUGUAGUCCAGUGGUUGGAGAAUGACUUACAGACAGACACCACCAUAAAUUAUUCACAACAUUAUAAACAGUUGUGAGUAAACAUUUCACAUUAUCAAAGCUGUACAAUAAAAAGGUAAUGUUUGUAUAAUGUGGUUGCAAACUCUUAAUUUAUACUAUUGCACUUUUAGUAUUUUGUACUAGGGAGGUUUGUCUAUAAUUUGGAAAUUUAAA